AUGGAUCUCAGCAGUCUCCCAACGUCAUUUGGCAAGCAACAGUCUGAACUCCCGGCCAAACCUUCUCAAGAUCGAUCUCGCGGUGGACAUUCUGGCAGAGGUUCUAGAGGCGUAGUAGGGGCGAAUCAGCGAGGAAGAGGUCGGGGACGAGGUGAACGUGAUUCAGGAUGGCAAAAUCAUGCAAGUAGAAAUACAGCAGAGAACGGAUCAUCCGAUCUCCACGGGGGAGUAAAGAGACCCCAUCCACCUUCACCCAACGAUACAGCAUCUAACCGCAACUUCCCUCCCAAUUUCCGACAGAACCAGCAAUUCACAAACAGAGGGGGAAGGGGUCGAGGAGGUGGGCCUCGUACGCAAGAUCAUGGAGGAGAUAGAGGAUUCUGGAAAGAUAGCUUCAUAGAGGAUCCAUGGAAACAGCUGGAAGAGCAGAGAGCGGGAAAACAGAGUACUCUCAAAGUGUAA